AUGGAAACAAACGCAAGGCUUGAAAGAUGUUGGCUUGUUGUAUGGCUUCUGUCAAUAGCUGCUAACGUCUUAUUAAUUAUUGGAACACUAACACCAGCCUGGCAGGUGGCUGAAGACACCGAUGUGGGACGUUAUGUUCAAUCUGGAUUAUGGUUGUACUGUCCUGGAGCUACACAAUGUUGGUACAUCUUUAGCGACAAUCUCAUAAACUACUAUGAAAAGGUUGAUGUUUGCCGAUUUUUACUGAUUGGAGACUGUCGCAAAAAACUUCUUCGGACGCCUUAUUUCUUUGGUAGGAUUUCAAGAUUUGCACUAUCAAAAGCUAAGGCGAACAGAAUGCGUUGGCACUAUGCUGUUUUGGUCCUUAAUAUUGUUACCAUCUGCCUCAUAUCGUGUGGUGUCGUUGUAGCGGCUCUGCGUUAUAAAAGACCGGAACGACGGCGAAUAUUCACAAUUUUGUUUGACGCAUUCAUCUGCUUUGCUGUACUUCUCCUCGGUAUUUCUUUGAUUGUAUUCGUUGUGAAUGCCGAGAUGUUGGAAUCGAAAUAUUUGAUUGGAGUUAAGAAUACUUUUGAGAAAAGCUACGGAUAUUCUUUCUAUCUUGCUUGCACUGCUCUUUUAAUGCUUGUGUUCUCGGCUUUUGGAGCGAUUCUACUGGCGGCUCUGACAUUUUUCAGCCGCGGAACGCAAACUAAUGCUGCAGACAAUCAUUAUCCUACGAUAGCGCAAGAUUUUACUGAACAAAGAAGUAAAUCGCCGCUAGAGGUUCGUUGUUUACUUUUCGCUCGAAUCUGGCGCCUUAAAAAAGCAGACUUUUUGCAAAAUCAUGUAUAG